AUGACCUCGACGUACCCCAUCCUCCCCUCCCGUCCUAUCCUCCCGCACAUCGGCACAACCUGCUCAAAUCCACGCUGUGCGACCCCCUUAGAGUUCCCAGUACCAUCUCCAUACCCGCACCCAGGAACUCUACUCCAGAUCCGAUGUUUUCAAUGUCAAACGAUUGUUUCGCAUGCUUUUUAUCCAACUCAGGUGCCUUCAUCGUCGGUGACAUCUUCGAGGUCUAGUCCAGGCUUAGGUGGAACCGGAGAACAGCAGCAGCAGCAGCAGCAGAGAAAGGGCCGGAAGAUUGGGACGCAGGAGAGGCCACUUGAGACGGGGUAUUAUGAUAUUUUGGGUGUCCCGGUGACGGCGUCGACGGACGAUAUCAAGAAAGCUUAUCGCCGUCUAGCAAUCAAACAUCACCCAGACAAAAACCCCGAUGACCCCUUAGCAGAAGACCGCUUCAAGUCCAUCGCCAUCGCCUACCAAACCCUCUCAGACCCCACCCUUCGCAAGAAAUACAACGAGUUCGGUCCGAAGGAAAGCGCUCCGGAGGGUGGCUACGUCGAUCCUGAAGAAGUCUUUGGUGCAAUUUUCGGUGGCGACAAGUUUGUUCCCAUUAUUGGUCAGAUCAGCUUGGCAAGGGAUAUGAAGAGCGCGCUGCAGGAGGCUGAGGAGGCUAGUGAUGAGCCUGGUGAAAAGGCGAAGGUGCUGGAUGCAAAGGGAAGAGAGGUGAUUAGCCCUGAGGAACGUGCGAGGAGGGAGGAGAAGGAGCGCGUGAAGGCGGAAAAGGAUAGGCAGAAAUCUGCAGAGAAAGCAGCUGCCCGUGCGGAAAGGGUAUCCAAACUCGUCGAAAACCUCGAACGCAAACUCGGCAUAUUCACAGAAUCAGCUACAACUCCAUUAGACAUAAACCCCUCCACCUCCUCCGACCUAUCCACCAGCUGGCGAACUAUCUGUUCGCUUGAAGCAGCUGACCUCUCACACGAAUCUUACGGCGUCGAAUUGCUCCACUGCAUCGGCUUCGUUUACGUUUCAAAGGCCAAACACCACCUCGCGACAAAUCAGACAUUGUUUGGCGUCGGUGGGUGGUUGCACAACGUUCAGGGAAAAUAUCAUGUUUUUAGCGAAACCGUAUCAACCCUCCGAGCGGCAAUCGAGCUCAAAUCGGUAUUCGACCAAAUCCAAGCAGCCGAAAAGGCAGGGAACCUAAGUCCGGAGGAGAAGAAGAGGUUGGAGGAACAGGCGGCUGAGAAGGGGUUACAGGCGUUGUUCAAGGGAACGAAACUAGAAGUCGAAUCCAUCCUCCGCGAGACGUGCGACCGCCUCCUCUCCGACCCUGCUGUAUCACGCGAAAAGGCGCAGCUGAGGGCGGUGGCGCUGCAGAUUCUUGGAGAGGCGUAUAUGAAUGUUAAGAAGGAUGCGCCGGAGGAUGGGAGCGAUUAUGUGAAGAUUGAUACGAGGAGUAGUCGUGCGAGAGAGGGCGGGAGGGCGUGAGCGGCCCAAUAGUUGUGUUCAUGAAUAUCAUCC